ACGGUAUACUAUAUUUGGAGUUUUUUGGUUUUACCUGAAUACUAUAUUUAGAAAAUGCGUCAUUUACUUACCUGAAGGGCAAGGGCUUAAAUAUAUGUUGUUAUAUUUCUUUAUAUCUAUUAAGUACAGGGAUUUACAAACCACGGAGAUUUGCGUAAAAACAAUGAGACAAGAUUAUGGAUAAAUUUCGUGAAAUUGGCGUGCAAACGACCUUUGAUGAAGAUGACGUCUUUGAUAUUUCACCAACGUCAACAUUACACCGUGGUUCUCUGACGUCACCAACGUCGCCUGGGCAUUCGUCGGGCAUACUUGCACGUGUGAGGAAUUCAUUCUCUAGCCAGAAAGUGAAGGAUCUGAAACGUCAGUUACGGCAAUGUGAAGAAGAUAUAGUGCGGAUAAAAGAAGAGUUGCAAGUUACGAAUAAGGAAAAUAAUGACGCCACCUUGCGACUUUCAAACAUCCUGAAAUGUAACCCAUUCAAUAUUUACAUCAGUGGGGCAUGCAGGAACGUCCAUGUCGGGGAUUCGAACACUCUGGUCCAAAACUCUGGUACUGAUGAUGUUAUAGGAGAUCUUGAAGAACUGACAGGAAAACUUACAGCGGCUGUGCAGGAAAACACACGAGAAAGAACAAACGCUGAGAUUAAAUUGAAAAACAACGAGAUUUUGCUGAAGGAGAUGAGGGAAUCUCUCAACAUGUGUACCAAAAUGCUUGAUAAGCUCGACAAAAGCACGUCCAACAAACUAGGUCACGUUAAACAGAUGCUCGAAUCGUUGACCUCAGACCGUACGGACGACCGUGUGAUUAGAGAAGGUAUUGAACGCAUGCGCCAGCAUGUCAUAGACCGGAAGAGAAUUGUGCGAGUUGCAGACGAACUACCAUGGGCUAUACGUGUCGCUAUUUAUAGACUGGUGAAUAAAUUCGAUAAUUUUACUUGGCAAGAAUUUGCCGAGGUUGUCGGGGUUAACGAAUCUACAAUACAGUCCCGUGGCGGCAGGAAAAAAGAUGCAGACGACAUUGAGCAUUCGGAUAUCCUUGACAACGAUAUGUGCGCCAAAAUUCUUGCUCAGUGGAUAACACAGUCGGAGGAAAACGAUGCUGACAAAUUGAUGAACAUUAUACAAGAAUUUGAUGCUCAAA